GUGUGCCAUCAAUACUACCCAGUUCGCUGCGGAGUGCGGAGUGGAGUCUCUCUCUCGGUCUCUCCCUCUCAGAAAAAUAUCCGUCGCCUUCCCCCUUUUACUUCACGCGGCCGCACUCCCUCAUCGCCUCCCCCUCCUCUCUCUCUUCUCGGUUUCUCCUCUUCCCCCUGCGGCUGGUUGCUCUUGACGCGGUACUGGCUCGCCGCCGGCUUCUCUCUCCCUCUGGCCCUUUGCUCUCAAGGUCCCUGCCACCUCUAUGGUGCAGCCUCCACCUGCGGCCUUGCGGCUGCCGCUCCUCGUCAGCCUUGGGGACGCAUGUCGUUCCACACCUCAGCCUCGGCCUCGCGCUCCAUCACCCUCUCUUUCGUAGUGGAGCCAACCAGCGUGCCCGAGGCGGCGCCGUUCACUACGGUGCUCAAGUUCGCCGCCGAGGAGUUUAAGGUCCCGCCCCAGACCAGCGCGAUCAUCACCAAUGAUUAGCGCCAUGGCCGCUGCUCGUAACAUGUUCGACAAAAUGCCCAUUGCCUAUUCAGUAAGAUGUCGCGCUCAUAGCUCCAGCUGAGUGCCUUCACGCAGAAGAUGUAUGUCUUUGGUGGAAACUACAAUGGCCGUUACCUUGUUGACAUUCAGAUUCCAUGGGGAAAUAGGAUCCUAUUCAUUCUUGCAGGACAUACCAGGGAACUCACAGAAAGUCUCAGUGGCCAGUGCUCCACACUUGUCCCCGGGCCGCACGCCGCACUGUGGCAUCGAGGCGCCGCGCCAUCCCUAUUUGUGAGCCGCCCAUUAAUCUCGAGCUCUAGGCCCUCCUGCCUCCAGGGCUCCAGGCAAACUAAGCCUCAGAGACUCGACAAAGGCUGGAACUACUGGCUGGACGCUUUCGACAAGUUUUGCAGGAUCCUCGCUAGUACAAUUAAACCUGACUGUCACCAACAAGGUAUCGAGCGUACACGCCAUACUGUCAUUCUAUUCGGUGGUGGAUGCUAGGGUGCCGCUUGGCGUCUAGUUGCCUUAAGGCUGCCUAGGUGGCCAUUUCAACAUGAGGUGAGAGUGGAAGAGGAGGGAAAUGAGAGGGAGAGGAAGAAGAGGCCGGUGGGGAAUAGAUGCCUAAUGAACUAUUAUAGAAGCCCUAACUUGUUAGCCUCUUACGCCUAUUAGGCCCAUGCAAGAUAGAACCAUAACCAAUCUUGACCUAAAUUGCUCAACCCCGCAUGUUGCCACCCAUCUUUCACCCGUCGUCCUUCCGUGAUCCUUACUACCACCUCAUAUUCCCUUCCUGCACCCUCUGUUGACUAGUGGGAAGGCAAGAUCCGAUGGUAGCCUAGAGGCCGGCGGCAAUUGCUAGCACCUAAGUAGUCGCCCAAUAAAUCCAUCCUGUGUAGCCAACAUUGUAUAUGCGCGCUUGGUCGCUCCUAAGAUCGCAUAGGCGUUUUUUUCUCAUAGACAACACAUAUGGGUAUGCGAGGUGGUGGCCCAACGCCCAGCAGCUAGGUAGGUGUUUUUUAAACACUAAAUAGUUAAGCAAAAGUGUACUAUAGAAAUACUCACUCUCUCAGCUUCUAUUAUGCCACUCUCCUCUUCUGGCAUGCCACUUAUUUUGCAAAGUGCUCGGUCGUGUAUGAAAAAUAAUCAAAAUUAGAAGACAAAAAUAUAAUUAUAUGAGAUUACAAUUAAGAUAGACAGUUUCUUACCCGUGGACCAUUUUUCUGAGUUAGCUCCAACAUUCGAUAUUUUCUGUUAUAUCUAGAUGCAUCGGGAUAUUUGAAUAUUCUUUUAUAACUCUUCUUACUCUCAUAUGUGGUUGAACCUAACUAGUGUCUGUGGUUGGACUUAUCAUCCAUUGUACCAUUUGAUAUUACCAUUAGGAAAAGUGACGAGCUUCAUAACAAAGUAAGCUACUCCAUUCUUAGCAAAUCUUAUGAGGUCCUCAAAAGAUGGCUUCGCAUAUAAGUCAAUAUGAUAAAUAUUUAUUGGAAUAAUAUAAUCCGGGUCGGUGACUUAUUCUGAUAAGAACUUCUAUAGUUCUUCUUCAAAAUACUCACGGUGGUAUGAGAGAGCCUGAAAGAAAAUAAUUAUUAAUGUUAAUGUUUUCCCUAAAAAACCAAUAACAUUUUGAAAUUGGUUCCCUUUUAACAUAAUAGGCUAGCUUAUACACUAUUGUUGAUAAGGUGGAAGUACUUACCUCGGUAUAAAGCUUUGAUGCCAUGGCAUACUCCUUCCUCUGAAUGCUUUGUCCGCUUGUGGCUUCAUCCUAGCUCUUCUUGCUUUAAAAUGUUCUAAGUGGCUCCUUUUGCAUUGGGCUGGCCUGGCUUAGAGGGCCGCCUAGGCAACCAAACACCGAACACCCGCACUGCACAAACCUGGCUAGCGGGGAGCCCAUGCAACCAAUCACGCUCUAAACAAACACCCAAAGAAACAUUAUUGGGGGGCAAAGUAUAACUCCAUUAACAUUUGUUCUCACAAUCCCAAACAAGCCUCUUUGUUUUGGAAAGGGCUUGUAGAAAUUUUUAAAGAAAUUUCUUGGGCCUUUGAGUGGACUGUAGGGAAUGGGAAAACUAUUAGGUUCUGUAAAGAUGUCUCGUGCAAAGGGCAAGCUCUAAAGAAUACCUUUCCCAGUUUGUAUGCAUGUGUCAACGAUGAUAAAAUCUAAGACUGGCACUAAUGUCCUUUGUGAUAUGCAGAUUAAGAAUACUGAGAUGAAUUUUAAGUUUGAUAAUUCUCCAGACAUAAUUCGCUUUAAGUUUGCACAGAAUAAUUUUUAUAGUGCCAAGGAAAUGUAAAAAAGACUAAACUUGGGGGGUUUCUCCCCCUGCCCAACAUGCUAUUUGGAGAUUAUAUGUACUCUUAGGAAAUGUAGAUGACAGAGUUGUCGAGAGAAUGAUUCAAUUGCCAUGGGCCCCACAGCCAGCAUUUUGAUAGCAAGAUUCUACCUUCUCUCUCACAUAAUUGUACCUUUUCCAUUACCGGAUUCCACCUUUUGAACAUGUUUUGUAGGGAUUCAAAAUUUUGUACAAUUUCAUACAAACAUUUUACCAAACCCAAAAUGAAUUGGUUCGUAGUUGAAUAGCAUUUGUGUAUGACAUGUUUUGAAUUCAAAAAAUUCCAUGGCAGUGUUUUAGAUUCAUUUUUUUCAUGAUUAUGUUUUCAAUUCAAAAAAAUUCCACGGUCAUGACUUGGAUUCAAAAAAAUUCCACUAUCACAUUUUGAAUACAAAAGUUCUUCCCAAUCAUGUUUUGAAUUAAAAAGAUCCAUGGUAAUGUUUUGGAUUCAAAAAAGUCCACACCUACUUUUCGCAUUCUUCACGAUUACAUUUUCAAUUAAAAAAUUCCCACAUCAUGUCUUGAAUUCAAAACAAAUGUUUCGGAUUCAAAAAUAUUUCCAAAAUUUUCUUGGGAAACGUUUUGAAUUAAAAAAAUUCCCAAUGUCAAGUGUAUUCAAAUUUUUUGCAUCUCUUUCGGAAUUAAAAAAAAAUCCCAUUAAUUCAGCACAAAAGCUACUUUUCCCCAUAACUUGAGCACUAAACCUAACUUUUUUUUUACAAAUCCAGCAAUAGAACUAUAAUUUAUACAAUUUUUCCUGGGGAAAAGUUACUUUUCUAUACAGCAGUGUUCUGCACAUGAAUCUUUUUGCAGAGGACCAACACAUGCAAGCAAGUUUUUCCUUUGGGAAAAGUUACCUUCAUAUAUAACUUUUUUUUCUGCAGAUGAAUCUUUUGCACAAGACCAACACAUGCAAGCAAAAAACAUACAUAAUUUGACAAAAUUGUCCAAAACAUCAAGUAAAAGAGCAAGAUAUGCUCGUGUUCCAUGCAUUUCAUCACACAAUCACAAAAAAAUCAAGAACAACCAAAAUUUUCUCGGUGCGGUUGGAGGUGGCCAGAUCCUGCUAUGGUGUGGUGACGAACGGCCAUGCACGUUGAAAGGGGAGCCACGGCAGGGGACCUAGAGCUGGAGGAGACACCAAUGGGGGAGCUCGGAACCCUAGCUACGCCGGUAGAGAGGUGCUGCCCACACGUCGAAAUCGUCACAUGCCAAAUCGGGCCCUCGGGCCAAGCUAUAUGAUAGUGACCCAAGUCAGGGCCUUCCUGGCCAUCUAGAUCUAGGUUGACGGUGGCAUGAAGCUUGGUUGAACCACAAAAAAGCCCAGAUUCGGCACCGUAGCACCAGGUGAGCACGGAACCCUAGGUUCCUACCAUCGCUACUGAUAGACACUACAGGCGAGCGUGAAGCCGUAGAUUGGGGAAGGGAGGUCAUGGGGCGGUCGGAUCUAGCCCAAGUUACGCAUGGCAAGGAAUGAUGGAGAGGAGGGAGAGAGGAGAGAGAAUGGGAAGAGAAAAAUGAAGGGGAGAAAGGGGAAAGGAGCAUUUAUAUCGUAUGCAAUUUGUAUAUGUACAAUAUACAUAUGGUGCAUAAUACCCACCUCUGUUGCAAUAAUCUCAAAGGAAGUAGAUGAACAGCCCAGCUAGUAACUCUGGCCGCUGUUACCCUAAAAAAUUCCAGGUUCUUGACCUUCGUUGUGUCACCAUGGUAGUCCAUAUGCACCCUUUUGACACACGAUGCAGUCCAUGUCGUAUCCGAUUGUAAAAGCUUUAGGGUGAUGUGGGAUGCCAUCAUAGUGAAGUUAUCUUUGUGUUAGAAUUAAAAUGGAUAAUUAAUGUUGUUAAGUUAACCAACAAUGUUCCUUUAAGUGGCAAAGAGGUUAAGCUAUUAGGAAUUUGGAUUGUUAGAUGUAAUUUGGCAAUAAAAGUACUAAAAUAAAUUUAAUAUUGUGAAAACUAUAAGGUGUAAUCUUGCGGUAGUCCAAUGAUGAAAAAGAAACACUCGAAUUUGAUAACAAAUGUUAUCUGAAAAUAUAUGGUUCGCUGUAUGCUAUCAAAAUUCUCAAACUACCACUAAAAAAGUUGUGGUCUCUCGUGUGCUACAACUUGAAAUGUCCCUUCCCUUUAUGCCAUUGUCGUUAUAAAAAAAAUAAUUGUAACUUCAGUAUAAAGUGACUGUAACUAGAAUGUAAAGAAAAAUUCAGGUGUUGGAUGAUGUAAAAACGUAUGAUUUUUUCUUACUUAAUACAUCAUCAUUGAGCACGGAUCUUGGCACACAUUUAAGCCACCAAAAAUCAAGUGUUGAGAGGCCAAGAAACACUUAAGCGUUUUUUUAGCUAUUUCCUAAUAAGAAUACUAAUUAUAGAAGUGCAAUAUGGUGAAAACUUUAAAGUGCAAUUUUGCGGUAGUUAAAUGACGUACAAAAUUAUUCAAACUCGAUAUAUAGAAUAGAAACCAAUAUACUAAUAGCAAAUCAAACGGUCCAAAGGGGAGAGCGAAAAAAAGGGAACGAACCCACAACCGGACUCGAUAGAUCAGCCUUCUAGAUGCCGGCGUGGCGUGGUGCGGCGCCACCUGCUCCUGCUCCUGACGGCCCUUCCCCUCACACUCACUGCCCUCCAGUAGCGCAGCGGCGGCAUCGACGACCCAAUCGCGUGCUAGCCAUCUCACGCCUUCCUCGGCAUGGCCGAGCCCACGCCACCGUCCCUCCCCUCCCUCUGCCUGCGUCGAUGUCCUCGUGGGAUCCUCUGCCCCCUCAGUCCUCUAUCUCCGCGGCUGGUCCUUCCCCUCCAACUCGGACGCAGGCCUCCACCCCAAGAUAUGCGUGCAGACGAGCACAUCCAUAGGGCUGGAGCAGAUCCUUGCCUGGCUCUUCUAUCACAAGGUCAUCGGCGUGGCGUAGUUCCUGCUCUUUGUUGAGGGAGGGCGGCCAAACCCCAUGUCGCGGGGGUCCUCGAGUCUAUUCCUGGGGUAAAAGUGGUGUACAGAACCAAGGAGCUUGAGGAGCAGCAGGCGCGGAGUCGAAUCUGGAACGAGACCUGGCUUGCAGGUUUUUUCUACAAACCUUGCAACUAUGAACUCUUUGUGAAGCAAUCACUCAACAUGGAGAUGGCUAUUGUAAUGGCACGGGAUGUUGGCAUGGAUUGGAUCAUACAUCUAGACACUGAUGAGUUACUAUAUCCCGGUGGAGCUGCUGAGUAUUCGGUUAGGCGUUCGUUAGCUGAGGUCCCUCGUGAUGCUGACAUGGUUAUUUUUCCAAACUAUGAAAGCAGUGUUGAGCGCCACAAUAUAAAAGAUCCGUUCAGCGAAAACACGCCGAUCCGUCGAUCCCGAAGACCGAGGUCGAUCUCGUGGCGCCGCACCUUUGUGAACCAGUGCAUCAAGGUUCGCAGGUUGGCGAAAAAGAGGCGGUGUUUGGCUAUUUUGUGCCUGCCGAUCAGGGUGGCGGGCAGGAGUAGCACACUCUACUCCGAACUCAAUGUUUUGGUAUGGAGUCUAAGGGUAUCUAUGUUCAAGAAGAAUUAUGAUCAUCUCCAUAAAGAUACUUACUUUGGCAUGAAUAAGGAAGCAACACGAGGAAAUCCUAACUAUUUUCUCACUUACGGUAAUGGAAAAUCUGCUGCACGAAUUCAAGACCAUCUCUGUCCUAAUGGUGCACUCAGAUGGCAUAACUAUGCAAAGAGCCCAAAUGAGAUCAAGUUGGAGGAGGCUGCAGUUCUGCACUAUACAUACACCAAAUUUUCAGAUUUGACAUUUAGACGUGAUCGAUGUGGAUGCAAGCCUACAAUAGAAGAUGUUAAAAGAUGUUUUAUGUUGGAUUUUGACAGAGCAGCAUUUAUAAUUGCAUCAACUGCUAGUGAAGAGGAAAUGCGUCGCUGGUACAACGAACGUGUUGUGUGGAAUGAUAAGCAGCUCAAUCUAAAGCUUCUCAGGAAAGGAAUGCUAACUCGCAUAUACACCCCAAUAGUGCGUAAUAAUGCUGGUGCACAGAAACUGAUAGUGACUUCACAGUGAGGCUAUUCUGCGCCUAUACACAGUUACUAUUCGUAUUGUGUAUAUUCUUAAUUACAACCCGAAACACUAUGAGGUACAACUUGUUAGGUAGACCAGUUACAACUUCACGUUCAGAAAUACAUAAUGCAACACGAGAAGCUAAUAUUGUGAAUUACAAUUUAUUAUUCGCACUGCGCAUAUCCUUCAGUUACAACUCGAAACACUGUGAGUUAUAAUUUGUUAGGUAGAUCAGUUACAAAUUCACGUCUAUAAAUAUAUAAUUGCAACACAAGAAGCUAACACUGUGAGUUACAACUUGUUAUUCGUACUGCGUACAUCCUCUAGUUAUAAUUUGAAACACUGUGAAUUACAAUCCGAAACACUGUGAGUUACAACUUGUGAGGUAUGCGUAGAUAUGAACUACAGUGAGC